GUGUGCCCUCUUUCUCCCUGACCUUGCAGGAGCUAAAAAAAUGAGGACAAGGAAGCCUCCCUGCCCAGUAGAAAAAGUGUGGGUAGACAAACACAAAUAUGAUGAAGCAGAGAGACUGCAUUACGAAAGAGAAGCGAUGCUGGCUGCCGCGGCCCCGGAGGAGUGCCAGGAGGUAGAGGCUGUAAACGGAGUCUGCAAUGACGACUCUGUUGAAAGUGAAUUCAAGGGAGACCUGAAGAGAGCAAGGAAUGGAAAGAAACAGAGGAAACGGAAGCGUUCUCCAAAACCCAAAAAUGCACCCUCCAAGUUGGACUCUGUUCUGAGUGGUUUGUUAGCUGACUGUGUGUGGUUUGACAAGCCUUUCUACGAUCACGCCGAGAACGUGUACAGGAAAAAACUAGUGGAUUGUCAGAACCAGGAGGCACCUGAGACUGCACUAACUGCUGAGCAGUCUCCUUUAGUGGCCAGGUCAAAAACCAUCCAAGAUAACCCUAAGCCAAGGAUGCUUUCAGCAGCCCUGCCCUGCUCCCAUGGUAGUCUGUCCGCCUGUCACCAUGUUGUUCAGGGUGUCUGGGUCAACAAGCUUGACUUUGAUAAGGCCGAGGAGGUGUUUAUUGAAAAAUCUCAAUUCUUUGUUCCUCCAAAUGUCCUAACGAUCCCGUCUGGGUGGUCAGAUGCAGGCAACGUUGGGCUGAGGACGCCGGACGAGGGCUAUGUUACAGCCCUGCCUACUCCUGCUACGCCAGGCUUAGCUCCAGAUGUCGUUGCUGAAUCUGCUGCUUCCCUCAUUACCAGUUUGCCCAGCUCCCUCCACCAGACAGUCAACGGUAAGCCACAGAUUUCAAGCUUACAGGCUCUCAUGUCAGAGGUGUGGUUAGAGAAACCUCUCUACGACGAUGCUGAGAAGAGCUUCUAUGAGAACAUGUUUGAUGGACACCCGUCGGGCAAAGUCAGACAGCAGCAACGCGGCUGCCCCGAAGCGUUGAGGAACCACCAUGAGGACGGGAAGAGCCACAGUGCUGAAAAGCAAACGAGCCUCAAACCCGUGGAGAUGGCCACCGACUCUCUGCUUCCCAGGGAUGCUGAGCAGCCUCCACCUACCUGCUUUUUUCUGCAUGAGGACAGCGAAACUGUGUGGCUUCAUAAGCUGACAUAUGACAGUGCUGAAUCACGAUACUAUGCAGCUGAGGCUCUGAAAAUGGCAAGAAAAGGAGAGAGUACAGGGAGGCAGGAAUCUGCAGUAAUAAAACCUUCCCAACCACCUGCUUGUGCUUCAAGUGUACCUGCGCCAGAAACGAAGUUGAAACCUUCUUCUAUCUUCCGUGUUGAACCAAACAUCCCCCAAACCUUUUGCCCUUUGCAGCAGAAGACAGUUCCUCGUAGUAAAGAAGCUCCUCCUGCCCGUCACAAGAGGCAGUCGGGCCGCUCAACUAGCUCAAGCACAACCUCUCCUGGGCCUGCUGGUGACCAAAAUGAACUCCUUUCCAGAAUUUCUCACCUGGAGGUAGAAAAUCAAAACCUUCGCAGUGUUGUUGCAGACCUUCAGAUGGCCAUCUUCAAGUUGGAAAGUCGUCUGAACGCUCUGGAAAAAUCAUCUACCUCCCACCAGCCCUCACCGGUUCCUCCAACCCAGAAAGUGGAACCGUUCAGUGUUCCCUCCAAAAAAGUGGAGCUCCCAUCUGCUUCACCAGCAAAGAAACUGGAGCCAGCUGCUGCAGAGGAAGACGAUGAUGAUGACAUUGACCUUUUUGGUAGUGAUGAUGAAGAGGAAGACCAAGAGGCUGCUAAAGUCCGGGAGGAGAGACUGCGUCAGUAUGCGGAGAAAAAAGCCAAGAAACCGGGUCUUAUUGCCAAGUCUUCUAUCCUCCUGGAUGUGAAGCCAGUGAGUAGCUGA